UUAAGAGAAAAAGUAUAAACUGUAACUGUGUUCAUUACGCAAUGUGUUGUCUAAUUUGUUUACGUUUUGCAUAGACUUAGGAAUGAAAAUAAUAAAUUUUCCUAUACAAUAUUAAUUAAAGAUCGAAUUUAAUAUAAUAAUAAGAGGUUGACGUACCACAUUUUUAUUUAAGAUGUUUCGGAAACCUUAUAAAGUCAAAACAAGUACUACAGUUAAAGGCUCUGACAGGAGAAAGCUGAAAAGUCUUGUAGAAAAUCAUUUUCCUUCUAUACCUGCUGAAGAUCUUAAUGCGUUGAUCCCUAAUAAAGGUGAAAUGAAUCAGGUGAAAGCUUUAACACAUUCAGGUACUAUUGCUAUGAUCUAUUAUUCAGGCUUAAAUCCAGUGUUCUUUCAAAUUUGGGACACAUGUUAUCCUACAUUAUACACACUUUGGAAAUAUCCUAGUCUACUCCCAACAAUAACUAUGGUUCCUCCAGUGACAGAAAAAAUUGCUAAUGGUGCUGACUUGAUGGCUCCUGGAGUUGUUGUAAGUGAUUCAACAAUUAAAGAAAUGAAUAAUUUAAAAACAAAAGAUGUUUGUGCUGUAAAAGUAAUAGGCAAUAAGGCAGCUUUUGCUGUUGGUACUGCUAUGAUGUCUGUAGAAGAGCUAUGUAUAGAUGGGGUAAAAGGAAAAGCUAUGUCUAUAGUUCAUUUUUAUGGUGAUUUGUUACAUUUAUCUGGUGAGCAUCAAGAAAUGCCUUUACUAUUAGAGCCUGCAGAGGUUCCUAGUGAUACAGAAGAUGAUUCAUCCAAAAGUCAAAAUGAUGCUUCUCCUGACAAAAAAACAGAUGAUUCAUCUUCAAUGGAAAUAUUAAGUAAUUGCAGUGAGAAUAAGGUUACAAAUGAAAUGAAUGAAUUAAAUCUUAAUAAAGAAAGUAGGGCAGAAGAAGAUAUUCCUGAUUAUUCAAUGGAUGAAAUACUUCUUAAUUGUUUCUUGGCUGUUGUUAAAGUUUCUGGAAAGAAAAUUAAUCUUCCAGUUUUGACUAGUACGUUCUAUGGGGCACAUGUUUUAAAAUCAUGCCCGUCCUCGUUAACUUUAGAUAUUAAGAAAACAACUUAUAAAAAGUUUUCUGUUUUUUUAAAGAAAAUGCAGACAGAAGGUGUUAUAGAAAUCAAAGAACUAACCAAAGGUGUUGAAAGCAUUAUUUCUAUCAAUAUGGAUCGUGAAAUUGUUACUUCAUUUCGUCUACAUCCUAUUUUCAAAAAGCACUUAAAGGAAGAAAAAGAACGACUAGCAGAAGCUUCCUCUGAAGGUGUCCAGACAUCAUAUAAAUUUCCUCUAGUUACGGAACUUUAUGUUAUAACUGCACAAGUAAAAGAGCUUUUUACGCCUUAUCAAAUAAGAAAAGGAGACACAGUGACGGCUAUUACUAUACGAGAUGUUAUGAAGAAAUUCGUCAAGGAAAACUCUCUUCAAAAUGAACACAAUCCUAAGGAAGUUGUUCUUAAUCCGAUUUUAUGUGAUUGUGUUUCAAAAAGAGGAGAAAAUAGAACAACAAUGCUAUGGGAUGAACUUUUUGAUGCAAUAACUUCGAGGAUGACCCAUGCAUAUCAAAUCGAAUUUGAAGACAAAGAAGCCAUUAUUAAAAAAGGGAAAUUAGAACCUAUAAAAGUAACUGUUGAUACAAGAACUGGAAAUAAAAAGGUAACUCUAAUUCAGAACUUGGAAAUAUAUGGUAUAAAACCAGAAUUACUUGCCCAACAUGUUGCUGUAGCAUGUGCAGCUAGUACUUCUAUAACUCCUACACAAAAUGCUAAGGGAACAUUGGUGCUUAUUCAAGGAAAUCAAGUUCGUUAUCUUCAAAAACUCUUUUUAGAUAUAUAUAAAGUCCCAAGAAAGUAUUUGCAAGGACUAGAAAAUGUUCCUAAGAAAAAAUGACAUUCUUUAUUGUUUUUAAAGAAAUAAUUAUUCUAAGCUUAAUUAUUAUUUAUAAUAAAUAAAGAUAUUUAUUUGAGAAACUCCA